AAGUCAAAAGCCCAAAGCGAUCAUGAUUCAAAUUUCAAAUCUAGAAAAAGGCAAAAUAUAACCUAACUUUAUUUUUUAAUCCAAAAUAGAUUAAUAUUUUUGAUAUUUUUGAUCGGAUAAGUGAUUAUUUCAAUAAAAAUAAACUUUUCGAAUAUACUGAUCAUUCAAUAUGUCUAAACCUGCAAGUAAGGGUUCAAAAGGCAAAUCCAAUGAAGAAGUUUUCGCAGGUUUCCAAACGCUAAGAAAUGAACAAAGACAAUUGGCUAAUAAAAUCUCCGAGUUGGAGAUGGAUUUAAACGAACACAAGAUAGUCAUAGAAACAUUGCAAGGAACAGACCCAAAUAGAAAGUGUUUUCGUAUGCUCGGAGGAGUUUUAGUGGAACGCACCGUCGGGGAGAUAUUGCCUGAACUGGAAAGCAACCGGGCAAGAUUACCUGGCGCUAUUGAGGCUUUAAAUGAACAACUAUCACGUAAAGGCAAGGAGAUCAAUGAGUACAUCGAGAAGCACGACAUCCGCGUGCAGCGCGGCGCCGAGCGGUCCGCCGAGGAACCCACAGAAGAGUCCACCAACACCAAGUCCAAUGUACUCGUAGCUACUGCCUAAAAAUCGUUCAACUCUUAUAUAUCUUAUUUUGUGCUUGACUAAACCCCAUGACGUCUGCAUUAUUUGGCCUUUUUGAGAUUUGUCCUGAAAUUCUCUUAAAGUUUAUUUUGCUUACAUAUUCUUCUAAUAUUAUGUCAUAUUCGUCUGAUAUUAUGUCUACACAAGUGCAUUUGUAUUGUUACUAUCUUAGAUAUUUAUUUCUUGUAUUAAAUUUAGGUAGUUGAGUUAAAUAAAUUGUCUUCAUUUACAAACAAAAGCAGUUUAUUAAAGAAGGAAUGGUUUUACAUCGUUUUAAUUCCUACAAUAUAUCAUUUUUUAAUCACAACCAUUAAAAAUAUAUAAUAUGUAUAACAAUUUAAAAAGUGAAUACACUUUAUAAAAAUUUAAUAUAAUUGCAACCCUGUAAUAUUUACUUAAGGUAUUAAAACAGUUUUUAACAAAAA